AUGAGAACAUACGCUUACGAUUUCACACAGAAACUCUUCCCUCGUAACACCAUAUCCACCACCACCACUAACCCUCGCCUUCAAACAACCUCACCCUAUUUCUUCCUCCAACCCUAUCCCAUGGCCGAACCUGUAGGAGCUUCCAAUACUCCCUCGCCGCAUCCGAUUCAACCCAAACCAGAUUCCAACGCCGUUAAGGAGGUUCCUCCGCCGCCGGAGAAACCAGAUCCCGACGAUUGUUGCGGUAGCGGUUGCGUUCGAUGUGUUUGGGAUGUGUAUUAUGACCAGCUUGAAGAAUAUGAUAAGCUUUACAAACAAACGGAUCCUAACCCUAAACCCUAA